UCUCCUCUCCUGUUUUUGUCUGGUCACAGAAUGGACAGAGCCGAAGGGCACUGAGGAAGAACAAGUGGAAGAGAUCAUGACGGCCUUAAGGAUUCUGAUGCUUUUGUGGAUACUUGACGGCACAAUUUCUCACAAUGAGUCCAAUAAACCAGACGCAGUCUAUACGGCUCUGCCAGACCUGAGUUCUUUCCAUCAGACUGCCGGAAGAGAGCAGCUGUCCCUUGGCCAACAUGGCGGAAAGUUAAACUCAUCACCAACAGCAAAUGUAUAUGGUACAUCAGCGACUUCAACAAAAGGACUCCAGAUUACAAACACAGAAGAUUUUUUCAUGAGCCCUACCCCGACAGAAGAUAAAUCAGCUCUCACAAUGGCGGCAGCUGGUGUCACCAGCUUCAUCGUCAUUCUAGUGGUGGUUGUGAUCGUCCUGGUCAGCGUGGUCAGCCUAAAAUUCAGGUGUCACCCCUGCAAAGAUGAGGAAGAUAAACAGAAACCUCAACAGCUGACAGUCUCUUACAGCUGCUCUGAUGAUGCAGAUCCUGCAGCGGACAAAAAGAACAUUAUGCUGGUCUCUAUGAAGAACUUAAACACGAACAACAGCAAGGGUAUUACGAAGUCAAUGGUAACACAUGAUGAACAAUAAGGAAUCCAUAAAGAGUUUGCAAUGAUUUUCUAUCGUAAUAGGGAACGCAGGAAAAUAUUUCAUUUAUAAAAGAAUGGGAAUCCUGUUUGGGACAUCACCUAGUUUUCAACUGUGUCUUCAAUGUAUUCUGAGCGAUUCUUGAGGGGAUAUAUCAUCCUUACCAGGGGUUUUCUGGGGAAAGCGGUGAUGGAACUCAGGACCGAACAAUGACGUCACUUUGGGUCAGCUGGAACAAGGUUUUUUUCUAAAGCUUAAAUUGCCUUC